CUGGGAGCGCACGCUGCGCGCUCUGCGCACGUUUGCCUUAUUCCACCCCCUUAUUUCACGGUUGAUAGCCAAGAGACACCACUUGGAGCGUCAUUAGUUAUAGAGUUGAGACUUGUCUUCAGCACGUCGUUGCUCAGUCUGACAAUCCCAUCGAUCAAGAAUUUAUCAAGACAACAGCGACCUAACGGAUUUCACCACUGUUUUUGAGCAUGGAUCCAGUUUCAGAUACCAGUGCAGAGAGCAAGGCAUCUCCAAAACCGAGUGCCCCCAAAUCUGUCUAUAUGCGCUGUCUGCUGUCUUUUCCGACCGUCGUUUGUUUAGUUUUGUCGUUUAGUUCAGUAGCACUGUGUCUUUUGAUGAAUUUCAAAACCCAAGAAAUGGAGAGCAGACUGCUUGCGCUGGAGAGGACGCGUGCCUUGUGUCACCCUCCAGAGUCCCGUCUCUCUAGUGAAGAUGGUUCAAUGUCAGACGCACUUCGGAAUUCGGUUGAGACACUCGUACAAGAAAGGCUGAGUGAGCUCAUGCCAAAACUGCGCGCGGCAAGAGAUGUGCCACAGGACUGCACCUGUCCCCCAGGUCCUCCUGGAAAGCGUGGCAGGAUGGGAAGAAGAGGAGAUCCUGGACCUCCAGGCAAAGCUGGACGGGAUGGCUACCCGGGACCACUUGGAAUGGAUGGUAAACCUGGUCCUUCUGGACCAAAAGGCAGCCAGGGCCCAGCUGGACUGAAAGGAGAUAAGGGUGACCAAGGAGAGACUGGUCCAAGGAUGGUCUUUCCUCGCUAUGACCACAGCUUCAUCUCUGCCGACCAGCCCAGCUUCCAGAGACGUAUGCUGAAGGGUGACCAAGGACAGGCUGGCCCCCCAGGACUUCCAGGCCCCCCUGGUGCUCCAGGUCCAAGAGGUCCUCCCGGGAACACUGGGAAGGAUGGACCUCGAGGUCCCCCUGGAGAGCUAGGUACCCCUGGACCUGAUGGAAUGGAGGGACCCAGAGGCUUACCAGGAGAUCCGGGUGAAGAUGGCCAACCAGGUUAUCCAGGGCCACAGGGACCUCCAGGACUAAAGGGAGAACCAGGUGAUCCUGGUCUCAUGGGUGAGAGAGGCAUGGAUGGUCUUCCUGGCCUUAAGGGAGAUAAAGGAGAUGUCGGAGAUAGAGGAGCUCAGGGGGAAAUGGGCCCACCUGGUGAGAAAGGUGUAUCAGGCUCCAGUGAGAUUCUAGCCUUUAGUGACAAACUGCUAGACGCUCUUCAGGCAGUCCACACCAUCAGUGUCUCGGGCCCACCUGGACCCCCCGGGCCUGCUGGCACACCUGGGAUGGAAGGCCCAAAGGGAGAACUGGGCUUGCCUGGACCAGCUGGUGUGGAUGGCGAGAAGGGAGCCAAGGGAGACACCGGUGACGUGGGCGCUCCUGGAGAGAAAGGGGAGAAAGGAGAAAUGGGUCUCUCCGGGCCAUCCGGAACGCAGGGGCAAAAAGGGGACAAAGGAGACAGCCGACUGGAAGACAACCUGGUACAAAUGAUUUCUCAGCCAGGACCUCCGGGUUCUCCGGGUCCCAGAGGACCGCCGGGAUUCAUGGGUCAUCAUGGCAUGCCUGGGCCAAAGGGUGAUCCAGGGGAAAGUAUCAAAGGCGAGAAGGGAGACACUGGCACUCCAGGAAUCCAAGGUCCUCAGGGGCCUCAGGGAGCUCUGGGUCCAGCAGGGUUGCUUGGCCUUCCAGGCGCGAAGGGAGAAAAGGGAAAGCAAGGAGAGCCAGGAUUAGAUGGGUUUCCUGGCCUUACGGGAGAUAAGGGAGACACAGGCGGAAAAGGAGAAAAAGGAGACCGUGGCUCUGUUGGGAAACGAGGCCUCAAAGGGCAGAAAGGAGAACAAGGUCCACCGGGAUUAGACCAGCCCUGUCCUGUGGGUUCUUCUGGGUGUAAGGGCCAGCCGGGUGAAAGGGGGCAGACUGGCCGCGAGGCUCCCUGCCCACUGGGCCCAGAUGGGCUUCCCAUAGCAGGCUGUUGGCACAAGGACGAAAGGAUGCUCCAGAAACUCAAACGAAAGCAUCUCUCCCAACCGUGACUAAGCAACAGAACGAGUGGAGUACUCAGUCAGCCCCUCACAUGAGAGCUUCUCAUCUGCGGAAGACUGACGCAAAGCCCUCUGUUAGUAGGGUGAAAGGGGACAGAACAGCUCUUGUGAUAGUAUUUUCCAGGGAGGAUCUUUGACACUAGUUAUUCUCUAGCUAUUGAAAACAUAGGAAACCAAAGACUGGCUUUACAGUUGUGCGUUUAGUUUGUAAAAGUGUCAAAGGUUUGUCUGGCAUUUAAGCUGUAUUAAAGAGCUAAAUGAGAUUUUCAGAUGUUAAAUUUCCAGAUUUAUUAUUAUUAUUAUUAUUACUAUUCUCCAUAUCAUCAGCAACAACAAAAACAAAUUCAGGAAAUAAACAUU